AGGAUUGCAAGGUUGCUUGGGACCGACACAGAUUCACACCAAGAUUAUAAGGUCUGGGGUUGAAGGUGAUGGUGUGCUUUGUACAGUGUUGGUCGACUCGUACGUUAAGAACAGAAGGCUACACUACGCCCAGAGAGUGUUUGAUUAAAUGCGGGAAGACAACUUUGUGUGCUCUACCUCAAUGAUUACCGGUUAUAUGAAUCAAGGAAACAUGGAUGGUGCAGAAGAUGUGUUCAAGAAAACGCUCACAAAAGACGAUGUUGUUUUCAAUGCAAUGAUUGAAGACUAUAGCAAAUCCAUCAAAACCGCCAAAAAAGCAAUUGAGUGUUACAUCCACAUGAAAAGAUUGGGAUUUAACCCCACACUUUCCACAUUUGCAAGCCUGACCGGGGCUUGCUCUGCUCUAGUUGCGUUUGAAGUCAAUUUGCCAGUCCAAGGGCAAGUAGUUAAGAUUAACUUCUUUCAACGAAAAAAUCUAUUGGUACACACUCAUGUCUGUGAAGGUCUUUUUUAUGUUUGUCUCAGACAAAACGUAUUUGAAAAAUACGUUUUGUCUGGGACAAACAUAAAAAAACGCCUCACAGACAUGAGCGUGUAAGAGUUGUACACAAAGUGUGUACCCCAAGUCUGAUUCGAAUGCUCUCUCAGCAUGUGCACAUCCCGGGCUAGUAUCCAAAGGGAAGUCCAUCUUUGCCAGGAUGGCGAAGGACUAUUGGAUGAAGCCAAGAAUGGAGCACAGUGCAUGCAUGGUUGAUUUGUUGGGUCGGGCUGGAAGUCUAAACCAGGCUUUGCAGUGUUUCAUAGAUGUGCCCGAGAAGCCCAACUCUGAUGUUUGGGCUGCAUUGCUUAGAUCUGGAAGACUACAUUGAGACGUGGAGAUCACCAACUUAGUUGCUAAUGAACUGUUCAAUUUAAGCGGGAAUGGUUGGCCCCGCGCAUAUGUUGAGCUAUCAAAUACUUUUGUGGAAGUGGGAAAAUAGGAUGGUGUGGGUGAGGUUAGAGCACUGAUGAAGUCACGUGGGAUAUCCAAAGGUGAGAGGUUCAGUUGGGUUGGGGGAGAUGGAAGCUUUCAAGACAGGAAACGGACUUAAUUAAGAUUUGUUGAUCUCCCUUUCUUCAUAUUGUUUUUUCAAUAUUAUUACUACCUCCGUUCCAGCGGACUUUGUCUAGUGCAAAGUAGCUGAGAAAUAAUAAUAGUAAAAAUUUGUGAGAGGAGAGAGAAAUAUGCAGAACCAUAAAUUAGUUGCUUUAAUAGGAAAGUAGUCAAAGUCCAAUGGGACAGAGAGUAUAUGUUUUCUUACUCGAAUGUUUUCAAGAUAUUUUAGAAACAAAAUGUAAAAAAGCAAGAUGAAUGUUCUUGAG